AUGUCGCAACCUACAACUCCGGAACUGAAGCACGAGACUGUCACUCUUUCGACUGGCUCGGUGUCACACAUCUGGCGGACCCAAGCAACAACUGCGCGCGCAAUAAUAGUAAUCCAGCAUGGCUUCUGCGAGUACGCUGAACGAUACGUGGACUCACACCACAGCCUCGUCCGCGAAUUCAACGCAACUGGCUACACCGUUUACGCACUGGACAUGUGGGGCCACGGACGGUCACCAGGCACUCGAGGAGUGACACACAUAGGAAAAGCUGUUCAAGACCACGUUGAGCUGCGGAGACUCGCCAGCAAAGAGAAAGUGCCCAUUUUUCUGUUCGCACACUCUCUCGGUGGACUCGUCACAGCGGGGAGCGUAACCGUGGACCCUGAGAACCUUAACGGAGUCGUGAUGACGGGCCCAGCAUUGCCGGAUCUCAUCCCAAGCAUCGCAAGAGCUGCGGUGGGGGCUUUGGCGAGGACCAUUCCAACCGUCUCUGUCCCCAUGCCCAGUGCAUCGCUCGACGGCCUUACUAGGGACCAGGAGGAGAUCAAACGGUUCACCGCAGACCCGCUCGUGACCCGACGGCAGAUUCCGUUUCUGCUAGCGGCGACGGCUCUCGAUACCAUGCAGCAGAUCAAUGACGGGUUCAAGAAGUGGACAGUGCCAAUUUUGGUGCUUCACGGCACUGCCGACACGUAUACGGAGUGGAAGGGGAGCGAGAAAUUUGUCAAUGGGAUCGCGUCCGAGGAUAAGACGUUUCGAAAGUACGAAGAUGGGAGACAUGAGUUGUUGCUGGACCCGCCAUGUGCGGACGAGGUAUUGAAGGAGAUACUUGGAUGGAUAGAGAAGCACGUGUGA